UCACACAGCAGAAGAGAUGGAGUGCAAGUAUUAUAUAUGCUGAUUCGAAUCAUCAUAUUCAUACAGCUUGAAGUUAUAUUCAGUUGUUUUGGACAGAAUUUCAGAGUAUGUCCCAACGGAAAUGAAACUUUUAACAUUCUCAACUUCUUCUUAAAUGCAUUUUCAAGAGACUCUCUGCCAUUCAGGAAUAAUGCUUCUUGUGGCUUCUGUUAGGUGAGACUUGUGAAUAUUUAACAAUGGUUGAAAUUUCUUCAAACUCAACAGACAUUCUGACACUGCAAGGCUUUGACCUAUCUCCUCAAGGGGUGUAUGCUGCAUUUAUUUUCGGCAUGCUGAGUUACCUUUUAAUUAUCUUCUGUAACGUUUUCCUGAUGGCCACCAUUAUCAUGAAUAAGAGCCUCCACCAGCCUAUGUACUUCUUGCUCUUUAACCUGCCCAUCAGUGACCUCAUUGGCUCCUCAGCCGUCUUCCUGCAACUCAUCAAAGAGAUCCUGCUGGACUCCAGGUACAUCGAGGCCUCCAACUGCAUCGCUCAGGCGUUUUUCGUCCACAUUUACUGGGUUACCGGUGCCUUAAUCCUCUCUGCCAUGGCUUACGACAGGUACAUCGCCAUAUGCAACCCACUGAAGUACAGCACCAUAAUGACCAACAGCCACAUCGCGAAAAUAAUCGCAUCGGUGUGGCUCGUGGCCCUGCUCUUGAUUGGCGUGCUGUUCGGCCUCCUACUACGGCUGCCUCGGUGCAGAUCUUUAAUAUCGCAAACUUACUGUGACAAUCCCUCUCUGCUUGCACUAGUCUGUGCAGACACCACCAUCAACAACAUUUACGGACUGUUCAUCACAGCCGGCUUGCAAGUGUUUUUUCUGGAUGAUCUUCCUUUGCAGCACCUUGUGUGACUCUAGAACCGCAGAAGGCUUAAGGAUAGGACAUUUAAAGAACAAAGAGUGAAAUGGUGAACUAGUUUUAGUUGUAAAAAUACUCUUUAUGAUACAAUAUGUGUUUUUUUCAGGAAAGGCCCAGUGGAAUUAAUGGGAAGCAACAAGCAAACAGGAAGCUUUCAGGUUCAGCUUCCACUAUAAAUAAAUGUUGUGGUAUGAAGAA